AUGGAAAUUAAUUAUGUUAGAGACCUCUUAAACCGGCAUAUAAAGCUCACUCAUACCGAUAAAUUCACUGUUACUCGGAAAGUGUCAGCAGGGGCACCUUCUGGCUUAGAUUUAAACCAGGCAGGUGCCCCUCUACCAGGCGGGCUUGUACAGACAGGACUGGGGGAAAAUGCGGAUCCCCAACUAAGUACAGCUUCAUCCCUUCCUGGGUAUAUGCAGACUGCAGACGAUACAUCUACGACUAAGCCUCCCCUCCCUCCUAUAUGCGAACCAGAUCCAGAACUUCCAUCGUUUUCUUUUAACUACCUCGACGGUGUUAGCCUUCCCUUGUUUGACGCGCAGCCUGCAUUCUAUCCAGAGCUAUCACUCAAUGAUUCACUGCUCUUUUCGCCUCUGGACAACAACCACACUGGGCUACAAGUUGAAUAUCUGAACAGCGAAAAGGAACCAGACUCUAAUCACACUCUACCUGGAAGGCUAUCAAGGCUUGGGUCAUUUUCACCUGAGCCACAGACUAAAACGACCCAAGCUGAGCCUACUCAACCCUACCAACACAGUUUUUCAUUUAUGCGGAUAUCGCAGGAAGACUGGAUUCGGAUAUCAGAAAGCCUAGCAAAGUUCCAAAACAUCUUACCAGCCGAUCAUAAAUUGCCCUCCCGCCAUGCUUUUACACGAUACCUUCACGGCUUCGUCACUGGAUUCCAUCCUCAUUUCCCUAUACUUCACCUUCCGACACUUUCUAUUCAGAAGAUGCUUCCAGAGUUGAUUAUAGCUCUGGCAGCCGUGGGGGCGCAUUAUUGCCUCGAGCUGCAUCAAGGUAUCAAACUAUUUCAUAUUGCAAGGGCCAUUUCACUGGAGCAGAUUCGUCUCCGUGAGUCUAUGAUGGAACAAAAAGAUGCUUUUCCAGAUCCUGGAGGGUUCUUCCCAACCCCACCGAGCGCAAGCACAAGGUAUUACGAGAACCCACAGUUCAACACUCAAGACCUCGCCCAACAGCCGAUGGACUCGAAGGAAGAUCAUGCCACAAUCGGAACAAUGCAAGCUCUUUUCUUUCUAAUGGCUAUGGCAACAUGGGCAGGCGCUCAUCGGCCGUUGGUGCGCCACGCCAUUUCAACGCAGAGCGUUCUUGCUAUGAUGAUCCGUCAACAUGGACUGCACGAAACACCAUCAAAUGCAUCUACGUGGGAGGAUUGGGCACGAGUCGAAAGCUCUCGGAGAACUAAACUGAUUAUAUUCUCCUUUUUCAAUCUACAUCGGAUCUUGUUUAAUUUGCCUUCUCCGGUCAUGAUGUCUGAUGUCAACCUGAGAUUGCCAUGUACAGAACAACUAUGGAAGGCGCCCAGUGCCAGAUAUUGGAGUUCAAUCGUCCAGGAUUUUGAACAGCCAUUACUGUUUCAGGACUGUUUUGAAAUGUUGUUCAGGCCAAGUAAGCCUGCGCCCGCAUGCUCGUCAUUGGGAAGUCAUAUCAUGAUUCAUGCACUUUUGCAACAUAUAUUCUCCGUUCAACAAGCGACUCGUUUGAGCAGCUUAAAUGAUGGACUGGGCUCUGAACUGUCCGUAUCUCUCGGGCAAGCCCUGAAAAAAUGGCAAAAAGUGUGGGAGCUUAAUUCGGAAUCCUCCCUGAACCCCCUUGAUAAACAUGGUCCAAUUGCUUUCAAUUCAACAGCUCUAUUUCAUCUAGCCUACAUCCGAUUAGCCGCAGAUAUCGGUCCGGCACGCUCUCUAUUAGAGCAAACUCAUACUCAGAUCGCAACAAGGCUUAUGGAUCAGCCUGAUCUUCGACGCGGACCAAUGCUCACAUUGGCUGCAAGGCACGCAGUGACAUUAUGCCCGCCAGUGCAAAUGGGAGUAUACUUCGUCGGUCGGGCCCCGAGUUGGUCUGUCAUGCAUGCAGUUUGCUCGAUGGACUACGCAUAUAUCCUAAAUCAGUUUUUGAAGGCCACUACGACGAAGGAAUUGGAAUAUCCGUUGGGGGCCGACGAGAAGCUUGUGCUUAACGUUUUGAAAGAGACUCUACGUGAGGUGGAAUCGUCCAGCCCGCAUGGGAAUCCAGGGGUGAUAGACUGUACACCACAUCUGCUUGGACCAAAGGCAGUCAGGGCUUGGGCUACCAUUCUCCAAGGAAUGCGGACUUGGAAUGCUGUUGAUUUGAUAACAAAGACGCUGUUUACUUAUGUCGACCUAUUGGAACGGCGUGUCUGUCGAUUGCUACAGGAACCCUUCGUAGGGCAUUAUCCCUCAGCUAGUCCCCUCCUAUGCCCCAAUCCCCCAAUCUGCCCCACAGGAAGGGGGUUUGGGGUAAAUAUCAACUCCCCAAAUCUAUCGCAUCAUAAUACAUCUGAUAAUCCAAUUUCGCAGUCAACAAAACCCAGACUGUGUUUACAAGUUUGCUUGAUUAUCGUCAUAAUGUCGACCGGCCCUGAAUUUGAUGGUCUUCACACCAAGAUGUUUGAUCUUGGACUCCAGAACCGCCGUGAAGUUGUUGGAGACGCCUAUGUCAACACUGCAUUGGAGAAUGGAUCGAGUGAAUUCUCUUACCCUGGGCAGCAGCUCGUGACUGAAUGGUGUUGGGGCAAUGUCUGGUCUAGACCUGGAUUGGAACGCAAGCAGCGCAGUCUCCUCAAUAUCGGCAUGCUGAUUGCGUUGAAGAGUUGGCCUGAAUUGGGUGUCCAUGUCCGUGGUGCCAUAAACAAUGGCCUUACAGAGGUCGAAAUUCGCGAAUCUAUUCUUCACGCUACUAUCUACUGUGGCGUGCCUGCUGGCGUGGAGGCUAUGAAGGUUGCUGAAAAGACUCUUACGCAUAUGGUUGCGAAGGGUGAGCAUAAGCAGGAAUUGGCCGAUAAGUCGCCUUUGGUCCGUUAG